AUGGCAGCUCAAAACAGUACUUCCGAAAUAUCACCUUGCAAUGAUACAUCUACCACAACUUCUCCGGUGAGUCCUCGGUCGGAAUCUCGACCACCAGUUUCUCUUCAACAACCAUCAAACAAGAAAGGAUCUUCGAAAUCCUCCAAGAUGUUUAGGCGUUUUCGUUCCGUUUUCAGGUCAUUUCCGAUCAUAACGCCUGUGUGCAAAAUCCCAAUCAAUCUUUACGGACACGACAGCCAUAUCCACGGAGGUACACGGAUGACCGGAACUCUAUUUGGGUACCGUAAAGCAAGGGUUAACCUCGCCAUCCAAGAAAACUCGAAAUGCCUCCCUAUCUUAAUCCUUGAGCUCGCAAUAAAUACAGGGAAACUCCUCCAAGAUAUGGGAUUAGGACUCGUAAGGAUCGCUCUCGAGUGCGAAAAGCGUCCAUCGGAGAAGAUCAAGAUCCUUGAAGAGCCAAUAUGGACAUUAUAUUGCAAUGGUAAAAAAUCAGGCUAUGGUGUAAAGAGAGAUCCGACAGAUGAAGAUUUGAUGGUGAUGCAAACGUUGCAUCCCAUUUCAAUGGGCGCCGGGGUUAUACCGGCCGAAGCGACGGAGAAUCCUGACGGCGAGCUGACUUACAUGCGCGCACAUUUCGAAAGAGUCGUUAAUUCUAGAGAUUCGGAAACUUAUUACAUGAUGAAUCCUGAUGGUAAUUCCGGCCCUGAACUUAGCAUAUUUUUUGUUAGGGUUGGAUGA